AGGGCAGUAAGGACACAGCGCGCAACUCUGCUUUAUAACUGCGCGUUAAAAAGCCUUGAAUGCGCGUCAGAAUCAUGUAGGGGAGGUUUUAUAAAAACCCGUGCUCCGCCCGAGACAAUGAAAUCAGACUCCCUGCAAGCGGGACCCGAACAUCAGCAUUUUUGAAGACCCCCACCCCCACCCCCGCCGCCGCCACCGUGACUGUGCACCGAUGAUCUUUAAUCCCCUGCUACUUGUUAGAGCAGCUACUUAUUAGAGGAUGACACCUCGCGGACUCAUUCUUACAAAUGAGCUGCUGAAUGGACUCCUUUCCUCCCAAGAGUUGUCGGUGUUGCAUCUUUUUGUUGAUUGUGUGUGUGUGUGUGUUUUGCCUACAGCACCCGGUAUUCUAAGGCGGUCUCCCAUCCAAGUACCAACCAGGCCCGACCCUGCUUAGCUUCCAAGAUCAGACGAGAUCGGGCUCGUUCGUAUUUAUAUUUUUUUAGCCUACGGAAGAAGACAUCCAAUGGCGCUGCAUCUUAAUGGGGGCACAUCCAGCGAAAGGGAAUCUUGGAGACAUCUGCGGGUUCCUAGCGGCUGGCGGCAAGUGGGUUUCCGAGGGCAGGGGGCCGCCACCGAAGGUCAGCUCUGCCAUUCGCGCUGGGUUGUGGAGGAUCAAAGUCCGCUUUCAGCAGGACCGGAGGAAGGAGACUGGGUGGCCCCAAGGGAGGAGGGUGGAAGUACAGAAGAGCAUCACAGAAGUUGGUCAGGAGCUGACAGAGCUGGGGGAACGGCUUGUAGAUAUUGUCAGGAGCCUGCAGAGUCAGAGGCCCCUAUCAGAAUCUGGACCAGACAAUGAACUGAGCAUCCUGGGCAAGCUGGUGACUUCCGAUGCGGCUGCAGGGAAAAUCAAAGAUAUUCUCCAUGACCUAGAAGAAAUUCAGGAAAAAUUGCGAGAAAACUUCUCCUGGAAAGAGGCUCCUGAAGCACCAACACAGAGGGAACACUUGGAAGCCCAGUCUUCCUCCUCAUGCCCAAUGUCUGACCAGAGCCCUGCACUCAGGAGAGCUUCUCACUUUGCUCAGUGGGCCAUUAAUCCAACCUUUAACUUGAAGAGCCUUUCCUGCAGCCUGGAAGUGUCCAGGGAUUUCCAUACAGUGACUGUGUCUCCCCGCCCACAACCCUAUCGCGGGAGUUGUGAGAGGUUUUCUACCAGCCAGGUCUUAUGUUCCCAGGCCCUCUCUUCUGGAAAGCAUUACUGGGAAGUGGACACUAGGAAUUGCAGCCACUGGGCAGUUGGUGUGGCUUCCUGGGAGAUGAGCCGUGACCAGGUCCUGGGAAGGACUACAGACUCUUGUUGUGUGGAAUGGAAAGGGACUAACCAGCUCUCUGCAUGGCACAUGGUCAAGGAAACUGUCCUUGGCUCAGACAGACCUGGGGUGGUAGGCAUCUGGCUGAACCUUGAGGAGGGGAAGCUUGCCUUCUAUUCAGUGGACAAUCAGGAGAAGCUUCUGUAUGAGUGUACCAUCUCUGCCUCCUCUCCUCUGCACCCUGCCUUCUGGCUAUAUGGCUUACAUCCUGGAAAUUACCUGAUAAUAAAGCAAGUAAAGGUGUAAGGUUUCCUCAGGGAUUACAAAACAGUGGUUUCCUGGUUUCUCCUUCCCAGGGCAGUAACUUGUCUUAAGAAUACCACUUUUGCUGGGUGCAGUGGCUCACCCCUUUAAUCCCAGCACUUUAGCAAGGUCAGGAGUUCGAGACCAGGCUGACAUGGCGAAAAUCCUUCUCUACUAAAAAUACAAAAAUUAGCUGGGUGUGAUGGCAGACACCUGCAAUCCCUGCUACUCAGGAGGCUGAGGCAAGAGAAUUGCUUGAACCCGGGAGGCGGAGGUUGCAGUGAGCUGGGAUCAUGCCAUUGUACUCCAGUCUGGGUGACGAGCAGGACUCUGUCUCAAAAAAAAAAAAAGAAUACUGCUUUUUAGAUAGAGAUUGGGUCUCACUAGGUUACCCAGGCUGGUGUCAAAUUUCUGGCCUCAAGCAGUCCUCCCACCUCAGCCUCCCAAAGCGCUAGGAUUACAGAUGUGAGCCACCACAUCUGGCCAAGAAUACCACUUUUGAAGUUAAUCCUUUUGUGUGAUACAGGAUUAACUCAGCUGUUAUACUGAACCCUGCACAUUCUAAAUAAAGGACAUGCCCAUGCCUGGCUCCUGGGAGAUAACCUCUAAGCCAUUAGAAUAUCCUGCCUGAUAAGAGUGUUUUUGUUUACCUGUGGGCCUGGGCCAUGCAGUAUCAGCUUGACCUCAGGAGGCUCAAGCUGAGGAGACUAAGCCAUGUGGGCAGUGAAGCAUGCCUAUGUGACCAAUCCCCCAAAACAGCCCUGGACACCACGGCAUGGGUGAGCUUCCCUUGUUGGUGAUACUCCAUGCACACAUCAUUGUGGCCACACAUCAUUGCUGGGAGAAUUAAACAUUAUCCUCAAGACUCUGCCAGGAGAGGAUAAUUGGAUGUUCUCUUCGACCUUGCCUUGUGUGCCUUUCUUCAUUGCUGAUUUUAAUCUGUGGCCUUUCACUGUAAUAAACUGUAACUAUGAGU